CCCAGCAGUCUUUUCAGCAUGCGCAUUCUCAUUCUCGGUGCUUCGGGGCGCGUCGGCAGGUUGGUCGUCCAAGGCGCGCUCGCGCGAGGCCACAGUGUGACGGCGCUGGUGCGAAACGAGGCCUCCCUCGCAUCCAUCGCCGCCGCCGACGGCGCCCUCACAAUAGUCAAGGGCCAGCCGCAAGACCAGGCCAACGUCGAGAAGGCCUUCGCCGCCGUGGCCGAGGACGCGCCCGCCGCCGUCGUCGUGACGCUGAACAGCGCGCGCACUAGCGAUAAUCCCUUCGCCAAGCCGAUAUCGCCCCCAACACUCAUGCACGACGCCCACGUAAACGUCCUCGCCGCCAUGAAGACCCACGGUACCCGCAAGAUCGUCACCCUCCAGGCGCACGGCGUGGGCGACUCUUUCCCGACGCUGUUCCUGCCUGUCAAACUGCUCGUCCGCUACUCCAACAUGGGCAUCGGCUACAAAGACCACGAGCAGGUCGAGCAGGUGGUGAAGCAGAGUGGCCUGAGCUAUGUGCUUGCGCGUCCCGUCCGCUUCAUCGAAGGGCCGUCUGCGCAUGUUCACUUCUACGGCAACAAGGGCGAGGGGCUUGGCUCCCUUAAGACCGCCACCAGGGCGAGCGUGGCGACCUUCCUGCUGGAUGCCGUGGAGAAAGAUGAAUGGGACGGCACGACACCCGUUAUUUCCAACUAGUCUAUGUUGACA